AUGCGUCAAAAAGCUGCAGGACAGCGAAGUCGACGCCAAACUGCCCCGUCGGGCCGGGCUUUGGAACAGAAGGUCAAAGAGGCCACCGAACUCGAGACGAUCCCGGAUGGUGUGGACUCAGUUACCGAUAUUCGCAAUGAGCUGGAAUUUGCGCAAUGGUACAAUGAAGUAGAGGAGAGCCUGCUGGAAGCUAGUUACGAUGAGUACCAAGCUUGUCUCCAGGAGCUUCAAAUGUCCAAGUCCCAUCUCGAUUCCUUGUUGACCGAUACGUCGUCGACCCUCGACGUUUUGACUAGCCUCUCGAACGACUUUAGAGCUGUGGAGUCGCAGACCUCUCAAUUCCGGAAACAAUGUGAGGGGCUGCUCUCUGCGCAGAAGCAUGACUCGGAUUUGGCGGAGGAUAUCCAAGAGAACCUCCAGUAUUAUGACUUUCUGGAUCCUGCGUCGAGGAGACUGAAUGCCCCGGGAGCUGGAAAUACAGUCCGUGGGAAGGAGUUCUCGGACAUGCUACGGCGUCUUGACGAAUGCCUGGAUUACAUGGAGACACAUCCCGAUCAAAAGGAAGCUGGUGUAUACCGCUCCCGGUACCGUUUACUCAUGACCCGUGCCCUCACCUUGAUCAGAACCCACUUUGUGUCCUCCCUCCGCGAUGUAUACGCCGAUGCGUCGAAGAAGAUCGCAGAUAAGCAGCUCAACGACACAACCAUGUCCACGCUGCUCUACGCCAAGUUCCGAGUCGGUGCACCAGAACUGAAGCAGAUCGGACUCGAGAUCCAGAAACGAGCUGUCCCGCCCCUAGAUCCCGACCAGGGCACCGAAGCCGAAUACCAAAGCUUGCUCAACGAGCUUCAUGCGAACUAUGCAGCCACGCGCGGGAAACUGAUCAUCCCACUCGUGUACAAGAACCUCAACGACCUCGCGCAGUCUCCGACAUCAUCUCAGGACCUCGUCUCCUUUGCUCGCGCCAGCAUCAGCUACAUCCGCGGCGUAUGCCUUGACGAGUUCGAACUUUGGGGCGAAUGGUUUCACGGCUACGGCGGACUCUACGACUUCCUAGAAACCAUCUGCGAACCGCUCUACGAUCACCUCAGACCGCGCAUCAUCCACGAAGACAAGAUCGUCAAGCUCUGCCAGCUUUGCACCCUCCUGCAAACCCGAUACCUGCUCGACCAGGACGAGGAGAUCGAGCAACAAGUCGACGCCAACCAACUCGACUUCCCAGCGCUGAUCCAACCCGCCCUCGAAGACGUCCAAACCCGCCUCGUCUUCCGCGCGCAAGCCUUCCUCCGCGACGAAAUCGAGCGCUACAAACCUCGCCCCGAAGACCUCGACUACCCAGCCCGCAACAAGCAAUUCUCCAUCUCCGUCACCGAAGGCCAAAUCAGCGGCCGCAAGAUCACCUCCACAGACACCACCACCCCCACGACCCUCCCAACUCGACCCAAACCAACAACCAAACCCAGCAACGACAGCGACCCAUCAUCAACAACCCCCGAAGACACCACUACCACCGCCGCUACAAAAUGGGACCUCGAGUCCCCAACAACCCAAGACCAAAGCGGCUGGUACCCAACCCUCCGCAAAGCGAUCUGGCUCCUUAGCCGAAUCUACCGUCUCGUCAACUCCACCGUCUUCGACGACCUCGCCCACCAAAUCGUGCACCAAACCACGACCUCCCUCCACAGCGCCAGCACCCUCCUACGCACAAAAACCACCCCAACAGACGCGCACCUCUUCCUCCUCAGCCACCUCCUAAUCCUCAAACAACAAAUCGUCGCCUUCGACAUCGAAUACACCACGCCCGAAACCACCCUCGACUUCUCCGCCAUGACCUCCACCUUCUACGAGCUGCGCUCACGCGGGGGUCUCUUCAACCCACGCAACCUCUUCAAAUUAGUGGGGCAUGGCCUCCUCCCCCGUGUCGUGGAGAACAUGCUCGACGCGAAGGUCGAACUGGAUGGACGGCUCCGCACUGUGAUCAAUGAAUUCAUUAAUGAGUUUGCGGCGGGGAAGAUGACGGCGUCGUUGCCGGCUAGGACAUCAACUGGAAAUCUUCCCUCUGCUGGGGGCUUAAUGGAUACAUUGUGCGGGAAUGUGGAGAGGGAGGUGGCGAGUUUGAGGAAGGUGUUGGGGGAGUAUUUGGAUGAUGGACGGAUGAGGGAGACGCUGGUGGGCGCGGUGCAGGAUCGGGUCAUUCAGAUUUAUGAGGAGUUUUGGGAGAUGUAUGUUGAUGCGGAGAGGAGGAGGGGGAAUUUUGUGAGUAAGAAGGGGAAGGGGAGGGAGGAUGAGGUUUGGGAUGUGGAUACUUUUGCGGAGUGGUGUGAGGGGGUGUUUAGGGUGGGUUUUGUUGGGUUGGGGAGGGAUGAGGAUGAUGAUGAGGAGGAGGGGAGUUUGAGUGGGGGUGGGGGUGUAAGGUCUUGA